ACUAUGCACCUCCAGCUUCCCGAAACACUUGACCAUUGGCCUUGGAUGCGUAUACUCAAUGUACACUAUGAUCAAGUCAAGCAUGACUCUCAAUUAUGGUUAGAAGGAUUUCAACCAUUCUCUCCCGAAGCUCAAAAUGCAUUCGAGAAGUGUGAGUUUGGUAUGUAUAAUUCUACAAGUGCUGGUUUCCAAUUACCCGAAUUAGACUUUUCUCAACUCCGGGCAGGCGCAGACUUGAUGAAUGUGUUUUUUGUUUUUGAUGAAUAUACAGAUGUUGAAAACGAAAUUGUGGUUGCUCAAUUGGGAAUAGAGAUCAUGGAUGGACUGCGAAACCCUCACAAAUGCUGUAAUAUAAAGGGAGGCUCGAUAUUGAGAAAAAUGGCAGCUGAGUGAGAUUCAUGACUGGAAGCACGCCCACGUGUUCCUACCUCCUACGCGUUACUGACAUCAUACGUACCAGACCUAUAUAUACCGUCUGCGUACGAUUAGAUAGACUUAGACUGGUACCACCAUCAUCUCUUCCUUUUCCCUGUUCU